ACGGCCACACUGCGCAGCUGUCAGAAGUCGAACGACCAAGGGAAAACUCGAUUAUUUACCAAAUUUGCGACCGAAAUUGCUGCCCGAAGCGAUGUCCGCGCUCUUUCGACUGACCAGCCGCGCCGUGGCGCUGCAGCGUUCCCUGGUGGCCAACCAGGCGGCAGUGCUGCGCACCAUCAAGACGUCCCCGAAGAAGGAUGAGACCGUCACGGCUCCCACUUCGCUCACCGCGGAGGACUUUGCCAAUCCGAGUCCCAAGAACUGGCAGAGCUACGGAUUCGACUACAAGGACGAGGUGGAGGACCGCAAGGCCACCAAGUCGACGUUCUUCUUCACGGUGACGCUGUGCCUGGUGUGGGGCACCUUCUACUGGGCCUACCUGCCCGACACCCAGUUCCGCGACUGGGCCCAACGCGAGGGCUUCCUGGAGCUGCGCCGCCGCGAGCAGGCCGGCUUGGAUUUGGUCAGCCCCAACUACGUGGACCCCGCCAACAUUACGCUGCCCUCGGACGAGGAUCUGGCCGACACGGAGAUCAUCAUCUAAACAUUUAGUGCCCCUAUCCUUAGUAUGUUAUGUAAUGCGAAUGCGAGGGGCAGUCAGUGCGAAUCCGCCUCGUUGCCCGUUAAUAAAACUGCAAGUCUCGGUGUGGACAAAGCUGA